UCAUUCCAGGAAUGCACUCCAGAAAACCUGGAACUGAAAAAGAAGAUUUUUGGUCAGUUGGAUCUUAUUGUGGGCGACAAUGUUAUCUUGAGCAGCUCGACCUCUUGUCUCUUACCCAGCAAAUUGUUCACUGGCCUUAAACAUGUUAAGCAGUGUAUUGUAUCACAUCCUGUAAAUCCACCUUACUUUGUGCCGUUGGUUGAAAUUGUUCCUCAUCCAGAAACAGAUCCUUCUACUACAGAGAGAACAUAUGCCCUAAUGAAGAAGAUUGGUCAAUCUCCUGUCAAACUAAACAGAGAAAUUGAGGGGUUUGUUCUGAAUCGACUACAGUAUGCAGUGAUAAGUGAAGCCUGGAGACUUGUGGGUGAAGGAGUAAUAUCUCCUACUGAUCUAGACCUUGUGAUGUCUGAUGGAUUGGGAAUGCGAUAUGCAUUUAUUGGACCUCUGGAAACCAUGCAUCUUAAUGCAGAAGGUAUUGCAAAUUAUUGUGAAAGAUACUCUGAAGGAAUGAGACUUGUUCUGAACACCUUUGGGCCAGUUCCAGAAUUUUCAGGUGAAAUUGCGCAGAAAGUCAAUCAGGCAAUGUCUGAGAAAAUUCCAGUUGUGCCAAAAGUCUUGGAUGCCAGGAGAAAAUGGAGAGAUGACUGUCUCACUGGUCUUGCCAAACUGAAAACACAAAUGAAAUCCAACUGAGGUGCACCUUGUCUAGCAGGAGAGACCAAAUGAAGAGCAGAUCUUCAUAAAAAAGUGGAAAUUUUUUGUCGUGCGGAAGAGGAGACUGAAUGUGCAACCAAUGAUAUGUGCACAUGUAGAGACCAAUGAAACAUUUGGUCCAAAUUUGACAAAUUAAUGAAUAACUAGAAACAGUUAUUAAAAAGUUCAGUUAAAAUUUA